AUGGACCAAACACAUGGCCGAGCCCUGGAGGCUCUACAGCCAUUCAUCCACCUCGCCAACUCCAAUAGUGCCACUUCCCCGCGCUUCAUAGCCAACCUAAUUACAAAUGCCACAUCGAGCCCCCAAACCUACGUCUUCGCCGAGCUCCUCGAAACCGAAACAGUUCAAGCCCUAGCCUCUCCAGACACCCCCGCCGAAUACCAGGCCUACCUGAAGUUGCUACAGAUCUUCGCCUGGGGCACAUGGCAGGAAUACCAGGAAACACCCAACCUCCCGAAACUGAGCAGCGAACAAUCUCUCAAACUCCGCCUCCUCUCUCUCCUCUCUCUCGCUGCAUCCGCCGAAUCUCUAACCUACUCAGCCCUCAUGAACGCACUCUCUUUCUCCUCAACCGCCGAGCUAGAGUCCCUGGUCACAACAGCCAUCUACGCAAACUUGAUAUCCGCCCGUCUCUCCCCCGCAACGACCCCACCCAACGUGAACGUCACCGCCGUCGCGCCCCUCCGCGACGUCCAGCCACAGGCUCUCCCGAAAAUGAUCUCCCUCCUGACCGAAUGGGAAGCCCGAUGCGGAGAAGUAGUAUCCGAUUUGGAAGCCGAGAUUGCGCGGGUUAAAUCCAAUGCGACGGCGCGCCAUGCCAAGGACCAGGCAUACCAAAAACGCAUCGAGGAAGCCAUGGAACGGCGAAAGGCAACGGGUGGCUCCUCUGUCGAUGCCUCUUCGGGCGGUUCGUCGCGUGGGAAACUCGAUGCCUUUGGGCGUCGGCCGGUUGGGCGGUGGGGUGCUGGCGGCGGGGUUCCGGGCAAUAAGCGGGAAGCCGAUGAUAUCGAUCGUGAUGAUGGGUUCUGGGAAUCUACUGAAGGUGCUGAGGCUGGUUCUCGGAUGGAUAUUGAUGAAGGGCCGUCUCGUGGUGGGAGCAGGCAUUCAAAGCGCAUUCUUGGAGGAAGGCCUAAGUGA